CUUUCUCAGGGAAGAAGGAAGGGGCUGGGGGUCCUUGUUAUCAGAGCAUUUUGCUGGAAAUGAAGAGCAUGCAAAUGAAAUGCAAAUUAGCCUCUAUUGUCCCUAGCCAGGGCGCUUUUGCUAAGAAGGCUUUUGGAUUCUGAAGGUUUUAAUAUGGGAGUGAUCUUCAUGCCCCACAAACUCUCCCAUUACCCCUUUCCCCAAGGCUGGUCUUGCCGUUUCAGGAGUUUCUGGCUAGGGACCAUCCCCUGCCCUCAUAUCUCUAGCUGCCAACACCUUUAAAACCAAACUAAAUAGCAUCUCCCCUCCCCCUCUUCCCAAGCGGCAUCUCCCUACACUAGAAGACUUUUCCUGAAUUUUCACAUUUACUUGUAAGAGAUUCGGGGCAGGAGGUGUAACUCAGGCUCUUCCCUCUUUUUGUCCCUUUUUCCAUCAGGUUGGAGGUCUCCUCUCCCCUUCGGAGGUCUCCUAACCCCUUCAAUCCCCCUAGGAGUUACCAUCCCAGGGCCAGCAUAUGGGUGAAGGGGCACCCCCUGGGGCCUGAGCUGCCCCACACAGGAUGCUCCGUGUCCCCUACUUCAUGCCCCUGCUGCUGCUCCUGCUGCUGCUCUCACUUCCCUAUACCGGAGCCACCUUUCCCCAGGACCCCCUCCCUCUGUUGAUCUCUGACCUACAAGGUAUUUCCCCAUUAUCCUGGUUCCGGGGCCUGGAGGAUGAUGCUGUGGCUGCAGAACUUGGGCUAGACUUUCAGAAAUUCCUGACCUUGAACCGGACCUUGCUAGUGGCUGCCCGGGAACACGUUUUCUCCUUCGAUCUUCAAGCCCAAGAAGAAGGGGAGGGGCUGGUGCCCAACAAGUAUCUAACAUGGAAGAGCCAAGAUAUGGAGAACUGUGCUGUCCGGGGAAAGCUGACGGACGAGUGCUACAACUACAUUCGUGUUCUCGUUCCCUGGGACUCCCAGACGCUGCUUGCCUGUGGAACGAACUCAUUCAGCCCUGUGUGCCGCAGCUAUGGGAUAACUUCACUGCAGCAGGAGGGUGAUGAGCUGAGCGGGCAGGCUCGGUGCCCCUUUGAUGCUACCCAGUCCAACGUGGCCAUCUUUGCAGAGGGCAGCCUGUACUCAGCCACAGCUGCGGAUUUCCAAGCCAGCGAUGCUGUUGUUUACAGAAGCCUUGGGCCUCAGCCCCCGCUCCGCUCCGCCAAGUACGACUCCAAGUGGCUGCGAGAGCCACACUUUGUCCAUGCCUUGGAACAUGGAGAUCAUGUCUACUUCUUCUUCCGAGAAGUCUCUGUGGAGGAUGCCCGGCUGGGUAGGGUGCAGUUCUCCCGGGUGGCCCGUGUUUGUAAACGUGACAUGGGUGGCUCCCCUCGGGCCUUGGACCGCCACUGGACAUCCUUCCUGAAGCUGCGGCUCAACUGCUCUGUCCCCGGGGACUCUACGUUCUAUUUUGACGUCUUGCAGGCCUUGACUGGGCCUGUGACCCUGCAUGGCCAUUCUGCUCUCUUUGGAGUCUUUACCACCCAGACCAAUAGCAUCCCUGGCUCUGCAGUCUGUGCCUUUUACCUGGAAGACAUUGAACAUGGGUUUGAGGGCAAGUUCAAGGAACAGAGGAGUCUGGAUGGUGCUUGGACGCCCGUGUCUGAGGACCGGGUCCCCUCACCCAGGCCAGGAUCCUGUGCAGGUGUGGGUGGGGCAGCCCUCUUCUCCUCUUCUCGAGACCUUCCUGAUGAUGUCCUGACCUUCAUCAAGGCUCACCCACUGCUAGACCCUGCUGUGCCACCUGCCACCCACCAGCCUCUCCUCACUUUCACUAGCAGGGCUCUACUAACCCAGGUAGCUGUGGAUGGCACGGCUGGUCCCCACAGAAACACUACCGUCCUGUUCCUUGGCUCCAAUGAUGGCAGGGUGCUGAAGGUGCUGCCUCCAGGCGGGCAACCUGAACCUAUCCUAUUGGAAGAGAUUGAUGCCUACAGCCCCUCCCGGUGCAGUGGGAAGCGAUCAGCCCAAACAGCAAGACGGAUCAUAGGGCUGGAGCUGGACAUUGAGGGUCACAGACUCUUUGUGGCUUUUUCUGGCUGUAUUGUCUACCUCCCUCUCAGCCACUGUGCCCGGCAUGGGGCCUGUCAGAGGAGCUGUUUGGCUUCUCAGGACCCAUACUGUGGAUGGCAUAGUUCCAGAGGUUGUGUGGACAUCAGGGGAACUGGUGGGACUGAUGUGGAUCAGGUUGGCAACCAGGAAUUCACAGAGCAUGGUGAAUGCCAAGAUGGAGCUACUGGGAGUCAGUCAGGCCCUGGGGAUUCUGCUUAUGGUGUGCGCCGGGACCUCCUCCCGGCCUCGGCUUCCCGCUCUGUCCCGAUACCGCUGCUCUUGGCCAGUGUAGCCGCAGCCUUCGCCCUGGGCGCCUCAGUCUCUGGCCUCCUGGUUUCCUGUGCUUGUCGCCGAGCCCACCGACGUCGGAGCAAAGACAUCGAGACCCCGGGGCUCCCACGACCUCUCUCCCUCCGCAGUCUGGCCCGCCUGCACGGCGGCGGCCCCGAGCCCCCGCCACCCUCCAAGGACGGGGAGGCCGCCCAGACGCCGCCGCAGCUCUACACCACCUUCCUGCCUCCCUCCGAGGGCGGACCCCCGCCCGAGCUGGCCUGCCUGCCCACGCCAGAGUCCACCCCAGAACUGCCGGUCAAGCGCCUCCGCGCCGCAGGAGGGCCCUGGGAAUGGAACCAGAACGGCAACAACGCCAAGGAGGGCCCGGGACGGGCGCGGGCCGGCCCGGCGGGCGGGUGCGCGCCGCGCGUGCUGGUGAGGCCGCCGCCGCCGGGCUGUCCCGGGCAGGCGGUGGAGGUGACCACGCUGGAGGAGCUGCUGCGCUACCUGCACGGCCCGCAGCCCCCCGGGCCGGGCGCCCAGCCCUCGAUCCCGGCCUCCGCGGCCUUCACCUCGCGGGCGCCCCCGCCGGAGCCCGGGCCCGGCCUGUUGGCCGACUGCAGUCCCCUCCCGCGCGAGUGCGCGCCUCCGCUGAGGCUGGACGUGCCCCCCGAGGGCAAGUGCGCGGCCCCCUGCGCGCGGCCCGCGCUCUCCGCCCCGGCGCCCCGCCUCGGGGUCGGGGGGAGCCGACGGCCGCCUUCAGCCCACCGUGCGCCCCCAGCCCUGCUCACCCGAGUCCCCUCAGGGGGCCCCGCCAGGUACUCCGGGGGGCCCGGGAGGCACCUCCUCUACCUGGGACGGCCGGAGGGUCACCGAGGCCGCGCUCUGAAGAGGGCGGACGUCGGGGCGCCGCAGUCGACUCCGAGGCCGCCCCUCCUCGGGCCGGCCGCUCGCCUGGCUGUGCCCGACGGCAGCCAUUUUAACUUUUAAAGGAGCUGCUCCACCGCCUCACCGGGGCCCUUGAGGCCCAGGUCCUCGAACAGGUCACCUCCGGCCUUCUGGACUCCAAGUCCCCGGGGUCCCUGCUGGCCCCGGGCUUAUUUAUUGACUGUCUUUCCCCCAGUCCUCAAGAGGAGUGGGAGGUAGAAGCCGUCCCUCAGCGAGCCACAUUCCGGGACUGGCAGACCUCCAUCCCCUCUCCCUUCCAGCCAAGCUGCCUUAACUCGCCCUCGGGGCUGCUUCCACGGACCGAGCCCCGGGCGGGCCGCACGGCGGGCGGGCGGGCGGGCGCGCGCGCGGGCAGACGUGGCUGGGGCCACGCAGCGUCAUGCCGCGUCUCGGGCCUCUCGGGACUGGGACGUGCCUCCUCCUACUGUGUAGGAGCCUCCGCUCCCCAAUACAGCUGUGUCCCUGA